GACCAAUCAGCGCGCGGCGCUACCCGGUAAAUAAAUUCAAAACCUGGAGGUUGCCAGGCCCGGAAUAUGUAGGUGUUUCCUCCACAUGACAUCCAUUCAAACAACCAGAAACUCGUCUUCGGACAAGUGUUGAAAACAGGAGCUCUAGUUUUUUGACUGAUCACUACAAACUGUGAAGUCGUGUCUCUAUCUCAACUUUGUAACCAGCCAAGUUUAAGAACUUGUUGCAGAAUGACUCCCCGACUAGUUGCAGCCCUCCUGGCGGCCUGUGUUGCUGCCGUGGUGUGGUGUCCCCAGUCCGUCUCAGCCGUGCACGCCUGCACAGCCGAGGGAGACUCGGCCAAGUGCGAGUGUCCCCACCAGUUCGGCACCAUCGACUGCAGCGACAAGAGUCUGACCGAAGUCCCCGACCAAGUUCCGUCCACCGCCGGCUACCUGGACCUCAGCUUCAACGCGAUCACGACCCUCCGUCGUAACCAGUUCGCCCGCGGCAACUUCACUCGCAUGUGGGGGCUCCAGCUCGGUAACAACCAGAUCGACUCGGUAGAGGACGGCGCCUUCAACAACAUCGGCGACCUGAACCACCUGCGACUGGACAACAACCAGCUGACGGUGGUCACAGCCGGCAUGUUCCAGGGCCUGGGCACCGUCACCCACCUGUCCAUGGACUACAACCAGAUCCACACCAUCCAGGAAGGCGCGUUCGCCGUCUUCGAGAAGCUGUACGUUCUCAGUAUCCAGGGCAACCAGCUGGCGACGCUGACGGCCGCGAUGUUCCAGGGCGUCCGCCUGCCCGAGUACGGCUCCCAGUUCAAUUUCCGCUACAACCGCAUCGACACCAUCCAGAGCGGCGCACUGGCCCCCCUGCGGAACCUGGAGGAACUGCACCUCACGGGGAACAAGCUGCAGACCGUCGAGGAAGGCUCCCUGGACGGCCUGAACAACCUGGAGUCGCUGUACAUCAGCGAGAACCCCCUCCAGACCAUCAAGGAGAACAGCCUGAAGGACCUGAAGAACGUGCGAAGCCUCAGCAUCCAGUUCACUAACAUGACGAAGGUCGAGGCCAACGCGUUCGCGGGCAUGGACAACCUGGAGUCCCUCGACCUCCAGCACAACAAGAUCGACGACAUCGCGCCCGGCACCCUCCAGGCCGUCCCGACCCUCAAGAUCCUCACCCUGCGGUACAACAACCUCACCGUCGUCAGGAGCGACGUCUUCAAGAACGCGCCUCACCUGCAGCAGCUGGACCUGUCCCACAACCCCAUCAGCCAGGUGGAACGCCAGAGCUUCCAGAGGCUCCCCACUCUCUCCACCCUCCAUUUGGACCACACCCAGCUGUCAGCCAUCGACCCAGAGGCCUUCUAUGGAGGAGACUUCGGUAGUGUCUACAUCGACCUGUCCUACAACAAGAUGACCACCAUGCCUGUUCCCGUGUGCCGCCAGCUCUUGAACCUCGGCCAGGUUGAUCUGCACGGUAACCCCUUCAGCUGCGACUGUCACAUGACGGAUCUGUUGAGCGGUUGCGGCAGGCUGGUCACCGGUCUCAACUCACAGAUCAGUUGCCACGGGCCCCAGCCCCUCGCCGGCCGGCCGCUGAAGGACGUCACCCCUGACCUCCUCGUCUGCAGCCCUCCCACCAUCACCGAGGCCAACAACAUGGCCAAGACCACCGUCGGAGACGUCUUCGCCCUGCCCUGCGGCUCAACCGGUUCUCCCCAGCCGAUCGUGGAGUGGACCCUCCCCUCCAGCAUGAAGCUGAGGCAAGGCGAGCAGAGCGAGCGGUUCUCCGUGGGCGACGACGGCACCCUGACCAUCAACACCGUGGUGGCAGCCGACAGCGGCUCCUACAAGUGCACCGCCAUGAACACCGAAGGGUCCGAGCUCGCCAUUUCCCGUCUGGAAGUCGCCAUGUCUGCCGAUGCCCCCUCUGGAUCCGAGAGCAACACCACAGCCAUCCACCUGCCCGAGGAGCCGUCCAACCCCGUCCAGCUCGCCCUGGUCGUCACCCUGUGCGUAAUCCUGGGCGUCCUGCUGGUGGUGCAGACCGUGUACGUGUGGCUGUGGCGCGAGCGCAGGCGGUGCCGCAGCCAGAAGGCGCGCACUAACGACGUCGACCGCCGGGGGCUCAUCCCUCUGGCCGACGCCAGCCAGCUCGAGGACGGUAAGCUAGUAUACACGGACACGAACGGUGACAUCGCGUACAUGCCCAGAGGAAAGGACUCGGCGGCGUGAUGUGGCACCGUAGCUAGGUCUUAGAUAGCGCUUUUUCUGUAAAUUAUAUGAAAAAAGGUGAAAAAAAAUUGUGAAAUGUUAUUUAAUUUGUAUUCUUACUUGUGGAAUGUAUUGUAUCAAAAUGCGAAUGCAAUGACAAGUUUUGUUUUAUAUCAACACAAGCAAGAAGUGUUAGAGGGAGCUGUCUAUAGAGUCGUGGAGCUUUGGAAGUGAUAUUUUUAAAAUCAUUGUCACUGCCUUGUAUAUAAAGAUGAUUUAAUGGCAGCUUGCACUUGUGCUGCUUUUCAACAUGACUAAUUAUUCUUUGGGCCACAAACAAAAAUGUCUACAUUUCUUUUUCAACCCAAAGAAUUAAUUCUUUCUGAUCGCUGACUUUAAAAAUAGCACCUCAAUUUUGUACAUAUUUUCUGUAAAUUAUGUGAAAUAGUUAAGGUAGUCAAGCAAUCUUUGUUAUUGAAUUUGUCAUAGUAACAUGUCUAGAGUAAGUUUUCUUCCGUUUUGAAAGGGCUGACAUAUGUUGCUUGGUCUUGUCUCUCAAAUUGAGAGGGCAUAAAAGAACCCAUAGAUCCAAAAACUUGCAUCCUCCUGAACAUUCCCGUGCAUUUUACUAAAUAAUGGUUACCAGUAUGCAGUUUUUGGCAUAGAUGGAAUGACAAAGCCUCAACAUGGCCAGCUCUCUUCAUUGUAUGCACUUUUACAGAGGCAGCUUGUUAUACGUGUCUGGGUUUGGUGCUUUUAUGUUUGAUAUGAUGUUUAGAGAUGGUGCUUGAUGAUAGCACCACUGUGAAUGGGGAGAACAGAGAAAAGAAACUGGUUUAAAGGGAAGAUGUAAAGAAGGCUGUAGAAAUGAGAAAGCAGUGAAAAUAAUUAUCAAUUAAAGCAUCAGUGAAAGAUGUUUGUGCAGUACGUAAUACACAAUGGGCAAUAAAACAGGAAAUACCUUGUGGUACAUACGAAGUACAUGAAGGAGGAAGCCAACUUUUGUGCUGUUUUCAUUGGCUUAUCUAGAUUAGAAUGCACUUUUGUUACAUUUUGCAGUAUGGUACGAAUCUUUUGCGAUUCACUUACUACUAACUUUGAGCUGACUUUUACUUAUGUGAGCUGACGUUUCUGUUUGUUGCAACUUUUUUUCUAAGUGAAGGUGGAGCUGUUGUAUUGUGGAAGGGAAACUUUGCACUUGUGUACAGCACAUUUUUGCAAUGCAAUACAUAUUUUUCUAGGAUAUAUGUGUUUUUUAAGCUUGUACCUCAACCUUAUUGUCAAUGCAGGGCACCACAUAAUUUCUGAACAGAAAAUGUUUGAAAUUUUGAAACAGAUAAUUAUUGCUUUCAAUAUUGUCAAUGUUUCCUCUUAUAGAGUAAAGCAUAUGUUCAGCUUUGGAAGCACUUGUAUAGUAUAUUAUGACACAACUUGUAAAUAGAUAUUAGGUGGCAUAAGAGUCUUCAAUGUUAUCUGUGCACUGUUGUGUUUCAGUGCAAUAUAAAACUCGAUGACUUGUGUUGCUCAGUAUAUGCUACUUUGUGAAUAUGUUUGUUGUUUGUAUAAUUUAUUUAUAAUGGACUUUACUAAAGUAUGAAUGAAAAAUGAAGCUUAUUGUUGUCCACUGUAAAGUGAGUCAGAACAGCAGCUUUUGCUAUACAAGCAUUUUUGUAGAAAAUAAACCAUUGAAAAUGA